CAUAUUUACAACAAAACAAAUACAAAACCAUUAAACGCACACAUUGUGUGGUUAGUAUCUGAAGAGCUGUGUUACCUGUAGGUAGUAUUCAACAUUUAAAAUUUAAAAAAAAGUCGAAAGAAAUUCGAAUUAAGCUUAUUAGCUUUUUUGUUGCUGUUACAUCAAGUCAAGCUUUGUAUUGGCUUCAUUUACGGUCAAUUGGCCUUGUUUGUGUGUCUUAAUCAAUAUAUACACUGCCAACUACAAUGAGGGGAUUGAUCCCGUUAAUAACUUUAUUUUUAGUAUUUAAUACUAAAUAUACAAUUGGAUCAAGUCAAGAUCUUAUUUAUGGAUAUGAAUGUCGUCAAAGUAAAUGUAUAAAAGUGGAAUUAGAUGAAAGUAAUUGGAGCAAAGCCAUAAGUUUGCCAGUAUGUCGAAUGUUUUGUGGCGAUACAGUGGGUACAAUAUGGCCAAAACCUACCGGAUCUGUUAAUUUAGAUUCGUUUCUCUUGCACAUUGAUCGCAGUGCUAUUGAGUUCGUGCUACCUACGUAUCGUCAUCAAGCAAAACUCUGGGAAUCUAAUCGAGAACGUUUCAUGGAUUAUGUGGAAAAGAAAGUGCCAAAUCCAGAAUAUUUAAAAAAUGAAGGCCAUCCUCUUAAAAUCUCAAUUGAAUUAGAAGAAAAUCAUAAAGACAAUGAUGAAACGCCAAGACUAACAUUAGAUACUGAUGAAAGUUAUGAAUUGGAUAUUAAAACUUCAGACGAUCACGAAGUGAUUGCUAAUAUAAAAGCGAGAAGUUACUUUGGUGCACGUCAUGGCCUUGAAACGCUGAAUCAAUUGAUUGUUUACGAUGAUAUAAGACGAGAAUUGCAAGUUGUGUCCAAAGCCACUAUACACGAUAAGCCAGCAUUUAAAUGGAGAGGCGUUUUGUUGGAUACUUCAAGAAAUUUCUAUACUACAAAGGCUAUUAAACGGACUUUGGACGCAAUGGCAAUGGUAAAACUGAAUACAUUCCACUGGCAUAUCACUGAUUCUCAUAGUUUCCCCAUGGAGGUUAAAGCAAGACCUGAACUUUAUAAAUUGGGGGCAUAUUCUUCACGUAAAACCUAUAGUCACCAAGAUAUAAUUGAGGUUGUAGAAUAUGGACGUGUACGAGGCAUACGAGUAAUGCCAGAAUUUGAUGCUCCCGCCCAUGUAGGUGAAGGUUGGCAACACAAAAAUAUGACGGCUUGCUUUAAUGCCCAACCCUGGAAGGAUUAUUGCGUAGAACCACCAUGUGGACAGUUGGAUCCCACUGUUAACGAUAUGUAUGCUGUCCUGCAAGACAUAUAUCAGGACAUGUUCGAUCUUUUUAAUCCGGAUGUUUUUCAUAUGGGCGGCGAUGAAGUAUCAGUAAAUUGUUGGAAUAGUAGUGAACAAAUUCGUAAUUGGAUGACAUCCAAACAAGGUUGGGGUUUGCAGGAAGCUGAUUUCAUACGUUUAUGGGGCCAUUUCCAAACAGAAGCCUUAAGGCGUGUAGAUAUCGCAGCCAAAGGACAGAAAGUUCCAAUUACCUUAUGGACUAGUCGUCUUACCGACGUACCUUUCUUAGAUGAUUACUUAGAUAAGCAACGUUAUAUUAUACAGAUAUGGACAACGGGUAUGGAUCCUAAGGUUACUGACAUUUUAAAACGCGGAUUUCGCAUUGUUGUUUCAAAUUACGAUGCUCUUUACUUCGACUGCGGCGGAGCUGGAUGGGUUACUGAUGGCAAUAACUGGUGUUCUCCUUAUAUUGGCUGGCAAAAGGUGUAUGACAAUCGUAUGGAAACAAUUGCUGGUGAUUAUGUACCAUUAGUAAUGGGAGCCGAAGCUGCCAUAUGGUCCGAACAGAUAGAUGAACACACAUUAGACCAACGCUUUUGGCCGAGAGCUAGUGCUUUAGCAGAACGUUUAUGGUCAAAUCCAAUAGAAAGUUGGCGCCAAGCUGAACCUCGUAUGCUGUUGCAUCGAGAACGUUUAGUAGAAAACGGAAUAUCUGCUGAAGCUUUACAGCCGGAAUGGUGUUUACAAAAUCAAAACGAAUGUCCCAUUGAUGCCUAUACAAGUCAAAAAAAGGCAUAACAAAAAUGCAAAAAUCGAGGAUAUUUUGGUUCUUUGUUCCAAUAUCGAUUAUAGUGAUAUUUUCCUUAUAUAUUAUGAACUCAUAUAAAAAAAUAAUAACUAAAACAUUUUUAUAUAUUAUUUUUAUUAAAUAAUUAUUUAAUUUGUUCUGGAAAUAAAAAUAUAUA